AUGUCUUCCAUUUUUCCAUCCAUUCUUCUGAAUCCACUCCCUAGUUUCAACAUGACUGUGACCAAAGAACAAUUCAACUUAUUUUACAAUGUUGACAGGCAACUCUUCACUCGUUUGGUGGUGGGGCUUGGCCGUGAGGCUUUUCAAUCGAUAAAUGUAAUGGCUUUCUUGAUGUGGAUUGAGUGGAUAAGUAAAGAUGGUAAUUUAGUAGCAAAUAUUCUUUCACAUUGGUCGGACAUAAUGCUAAACAACCUUGCUGAUGAGGUUGUUGUCAUCCUUAAUUUCCUAGAGAGUUCUCAUUGCCCUAACGUUUAUGUACACGAAUCAAAUUUGCCAUUGAUUCAACACAUCUUGCGUAGAAAUGUGACACUCAAGUUUUUCCAUGAAAAACGCCUCGAAGUGAUCAAUGACAUCACCAAGUUCAUCAAUGAUGUAUGUGUUAGAGCUUUUACGGAUAUCAUUGAACAACUGAAUUAUCACAGGGCUAUGAAGGAGCAAGAGUUAUAUCUUGCAAAUAUUCAUGGAGCUGGUGUUAUUCCUACUCACUUGCAUCCAGAAGAGUUUGGUGUGCCCCAAGUUAAUGAAUUAGGAAGUUCUUUUAAUAAUGCUCAUGAAAAUUAUGAUGUUUCACUUCUAAUUAAACUAGAUAUAAGUGAAAUUUUGAACAAUUUAAAUUUGAAUGAUAUUUUUGGUGUUGAUACUCGUAUUGUUGCUCACGUUGGUAAUGAUGGUGAAAAGAGGAGGGAGACCAGACAGCUAGUUGAUGAUAGAACCAUCUUUAUGACAUUUUCCAAAGAUUGUCCGGUUUAUGAGAAUGAACUUAGGGAAUUUUUUACGAGGAAAUUUGGAAAUAUCAUUGACAAUCUAAUCAUGCAAGAAGCGAAUUCACCGGAGCAAUCAAUGUAUGCUCGUCUUGUAGUUCGUCGUGAGGCUGUAGAUAUGGUUGAUCGUUUCCUUGACGAUAAUCCAAGAAUGAAAUUCUCCAUUAAUGGAAAAAGUGUUUGGGUUAGAAAAUACAUUCGCAAGCUACCACUUGCGCAACCACUUCAACCUGCUGCGCCAUCUCGGAACUUUCCUUGA